UUGAUCUGUGGUUUGUUAUUUCAAUGCAGACCAAAUGGCACCCUAUUCCCUAUUUUGGGCACUACUUUAGAUCAGGACCCAUAGGGAGGUGGUUAAAAGUAGGGCACUACUUUAGAUCAGGACCCAUAGGGAUGUGGUUAAAAGUAGGGCACUACUUUAGAUCAGGACCCAUAGGGAUGUGGUUAAAAGUAGGGCACUACUUUAGAUCAGGUCCCAUAGGGAGGUGGUUAAAAGUAGGGCACUACUUUAGAUCAGGACCCAUAGGGAUGUGGUUAAAAGUAGGGCACUACUUUAGAUCAGGUCCCAUAGGGAUGUGGUUAAAAGUAGGGCACUACUUUAGAUCAGGUCCCAUAGGGAGGUGGUUAAAAGUAGGGCACUACUUUAGAUCAGGACCCAUAGGGAUGUGGUUAAAAGUAGGGCACUACUUUAGAUCAGGUCCCAUAGGGAGGUGGUUAAAAGUAGGGCACUACUUUAGAUCAGGUCCCAUAGGGAUGUGGUUAAAAGUAGGGCACUACUUUAGAUCAGGUCCCAUAGGGAUGUGGUUAAAAGUAGGGCACUACUUUAGAUCAGGACCCAUAGGGAGGUGGUUAAAAGUAGGGCACUACUUUAGAUCAGGUCCAAUAGGGAGGUGGUUAAAAGUAGGGCACUACUUUAGAUCAGGUCCAAUAGGGAGGUGGUUAAAAGUAGGGCACUACUUUAGAUCAGGUCCAAUAGGGAUGUGGUUAAAAGUAGGGCACUACUUUAGAUCAGGACCCAUAGGGAGGUGGUUAAAAGUAGGGCACUACUUUAGAUCAGGUCCAAUAGGGAGGUGGUUAAAAGUAGGGCACUACUUUAGAUCAGGUCCCAUAGGGAGGUGGUUAAAAGUAGGGCACUACUUUAGAUCAGGUCCCAUAGGGAUGUGGUUAAAAGUAGGGCACUACUUUAGAUCAGGUCCCAUAGGGAGGUGGUUAAAAGUAGGGCACUACUUUAGAUCAGGUCCCAUAGGGAUGUGGUUAAAAGUAGGGCACUACUUUAGAUCAGGUCCAAUAGGGAUGUGGUUAAAAGUAGGGCACUACUUUAGAUCAGGGCCCAUAGGGAUGUGGUUAAAAGUAGGGCACUACUUUAGAUCAGGUCCCAUAGGGAUAUGGUUAAAAGUAGGGCACGAAAGGGAAAAGGGUGCCAUUUGGAAAGCAGGUUUUGUUUCUACUUCCUGUCACUUUGUACAUUUGGGUUUCCUUGGCGACGUUCUUUUACGACUGCGAUUGUCACAAUGACAACACUUGUUUUAUCUAUUUCAUAAUAGAUAAACUUUGGAACUAAAUAAACUAUAAACCCUCAACAUGGGUGUCUGUCA